CUCCCUACAGCUAGCAAUACACAGCUGGAGCAGUAUAAUGACAUCUGUGCUAUCUGCUUCCAGGACAUGACCAGUGCUGUGUUCACUCCGUGCAGUCAUUUCUUCCACGCUGGCUGUCUGAUGCCCUCUCUGUCGUUCACAACCAAGAGCCAAUCACCAACUAACGGUGGAGCUACCCGAGGUACACCUGCAGCCAAUCAGAACCCUGCAGGACAGGAAGAAGGCACUCUACUGGAUGACAGGAAAGAGGGAGCGUCAGUAAAGCAGGAGGGAGAUAAUGAAACUGCCACAUCAGCUGGGGAAACCUCCUCUUCCACCUCCCCCACUGGCAUGUCUGCUCCCCUGCCCAUCGUCAAACCUCCAUUAUCAUCUUCCUCUUGUUCUUCUUCUCCUCUUGCAACUGAUUCUGUGCUGCACCAGUCCCCUGCAGAUCACCCUUCUGCAUCUUCUUUCUCUACCUCUUACACAUCAGACACACCCGACACUCCUGCAUCUCUCUGCCAUUCUGUCUCCACCUUUCACCAACCAACUUCACAGAGGUCCUUCCCCUUGAGUGUGAGGAUGUUGAAGAUAUUGAAGAUAUUGGUAGUCCUGAUGUGAAAGCAGAGCUUCCCUCCCACCUCAGCAUCACUAAGGAUGUUAUGGAGCGCUGCAUUCAUCUGCUGUCUGAUCCCAG